GUAAAGCGGUGGCUCAGCAAGGGCUGCUGCGCGUCUCCGAGCUGCCUGGGAGCGCGCCCCGGGGCUCCGCCCAGACUCCUGCAGCGAGCCGGGUCUGCGUGCUGAGGCUGGAGCUGGCGGGUCGAGGACAGGAAAGGAAGACCCAGAGAUUUCAAUAUUUGCAAAAGGAACAAGUCUGGGCAUUCUGAAGAUUGGAAUUUUGUGAACUUAUAAAAUAGUCUCUAGGUGGAAGAAUCAAGAUACUAUCUGAGAACUAGAAACUGUAUAAAGCCUACCAUCAUUGAGUCAAAGUUCAAGUUUACAGUCUACAUGGUCUGAAAGACUAGAAGCCAAAGAAUUAACACAAAAUUGACCCAGACAACCUGUUUGAAAUGUGGUGGUUUCAGCAAGGCCUCUGUUUCCUGCCAUCAGCACUUGUAAUUUGGACAUUUGCUACCUUCAUAUUCUCAUACAUUACUGCAGUAACACUCCACCAUGUUGAUCCUGCAUUGCCUUAUAUCAGUGACACUGGUACAGUACCUCCAGAAAGAUGCCUCUUUGGAGUGAUGCUAAAUAUUGCUGCAGUUUUAGGUAUUGCUACCAUGUAUGUUCGUUACAAACAAGUUCAUGCACUGAAUCCUGAAGAGAACCUAAUCAUCAAAUUCAACAAAGCUGGCCUUGUACUUGGGAUACUGAGUUGUUUAGGACUUUCUCUUGUGGCAAAUUUCCAGAAAUCAACACUGUUUGUUGCACAUGUAUGUGGAGCUGUGCUUGCUUUUAGUAUGGGUUCAUUAUACAUGUUUGUUCAGACCAUCAUUUCCUACCAAAUGCAACCUAAAAUUCACAGCAAACAAGUCUUCUGGGUCAGACUGCUGUUGGUUAUCUGGUGUGGAGUAAGUGCACUUAGCAUGCUGACUUGCUCAUCAAUUUUGUACAGUAGUGAUUUUGGUGCUGAUGUAGUACAGAAACUACACUGGAACCCUGAGGACAAAGGGUAUGUGCUCCACAUGGUCACUACUGCAGCAGAAUGGUCUAUGUCAUUUUCCUUCUUCGGAUUUUUCCUGACUUACAUUCGUGAUUUUCAGAAAAUUACUUUGCGGGUGGAAGCCAAUUUACAUGGAUUAACCCUCUAUGACACUGCUCCUUGCCCUGUAACCAAUGAAAGAACACCACUGCUUUCCAGAGACUUUUAAUGAAGAUAAAAACUACUUCUGUGAUAAUUAUGAUUCUCAGGGAUUUGAGAAAGAUGCACAACAGUUGCUCAUUAUAUUCUGAAAAUUUGGAUCAGUUAAUCAAGGCUGACAGUGACAUUAAUGAACGAUGAUAAUCAAGAGAAAUGUAAUAAACCAUCUGAUAAGUUUUUUUAAAGAUGUCACUAAGAAGAUUAUCUAGAAAUAUUUAUGCCUAGACUUUUUUUUUAUCUUAGAAAAUAAAACCAAAGGAUAAUACCAUUGUAGUGUUGCUACUUUGUUGAAGAAAAACAGACUAAAGAACAUCAAGUUGUCUGUAUCAUUGGCCUUAAAUAUUUCAUCAGUCAUUUUAAAAGCAUCUUUGUUAUGAACACUUAUAUGGGAGACAUUUUCCAUGACCCAUAAUUACCAGCAUUGGUCAGCAGAUCAUUUGGAAUCAGUGUUUGAUGUUGAAGUUUUACCUUAUUAAGACAUUUCUUAUAGUGCUUAAACAUGUCAUCAUUAUUGUUGUUGUGUAAUCAUCCCCCUACCCCCUGUAAAUAGGAUAUGGCAUAAGUUCUUUGAUGGCUUCAAUUUUGCACACACAAAUAAAGUCAAUGGGCCUUUAUUUGAUUCUGGG